AUGGAGAUACACGGUAUUGAUCUGAUGAAUUAUGAGAGAUCUCAGACCCUCCAUAGACAGAACGGUUCCUACCACGAUCAAGGCCCAGAAACACAAUGUAAAACUGUCAAUGCUUUGUUCCACUGCGUGUACCUGAUGGAGUACCUGCUGAGGAUCUGUGUGGAUCCGAGGGGUUACUGGACGAAUCCUCUCAAUGUGCUGUCUGCGUUUGUGCUCCUGCUCUCCUCCGUCUGCAUGAGUCUGAGCCUUCCUCUCAAGAGCCUGGUCUGCAUCUGUGUCCUGCUCGUCUUCAGACUCAGGAACUACACGGAUGUCGAGCAGGAGUACACUGCAGGCGUCUGGAAGGGACUGAAGAAAGCCAGCUUGAUCUAUUUCUUGAUCUUUGUGAUCGUACUGGUUUUCGCAAUGGCUGGUCACUCGUUUUUUGGAGAUCCAAACAGAGGAGAUCCAGAGAACUGGGGAGACCUCGGCACAGCCCUGUUCACGCUCUUCAGACUGCUCGUAAGUGCAUUUGGGAAGGCAGCGGAAGGGAAGAAGCGUGCGCGUGAAGAGGAGGUGAAGAAGAAGGUGGAGGAGGUGCUGGAAAGAGCUAAACAGCACCAUGCCCCACAACUCCGGCGUGUGAGGGAACUCAAAAGGCCCUUGUGUCAUGAUCGAUUUAUUUAUGCACAGGACAAGAUCACUAGUUCUUCCUUCAUAGGAACAUUUAUGCAGCAGCUAAAUAAACGAGAACAAACCAUGUUAGCGUGGUGGCGGCUCAUAAAUGAGAAGAUGUCUGUACUGAAGGAGGAGCUCGAGGACAAGCUGAAUGAGGAAGCUCUUGCUGAGGGGCUGUACAAGAAGUCCGGCAGAUUAAUAUUCCUUGGCCUUGGCAAUGCUGGCAAAACGACGCUUCUGCAUAUGCUGAACGAGCACAGACUGGGUCUGCAUGUGCCGACCUUUGACCCCACUUCAGAAGUGCUGAGGAUUGCUGGUGUUACUCUGAGCUCCUGUGAUCUGACUCGAGGGGAGUGGAGGAAGCUUCUCCCAGCCGUCAACGGCAUCGUGUUCCUGGUGGACUGCGCAGAUUACGCCAGGCUGCCUGAGUCCAAAACAGAGCUAGACGCACUAAUGACAGAUGAAACCAUUGGAAACGUGCCCAUCUUGAUCCUCGGCAACAAGAUCGACAAACCUGAAGCCAUUAGUGAGGAGAAGCUGCGUGAGAUCUUUGGGCUGUACAGUCAGACGACAGGAAAGGGCUGUGUUGGUGUCGUUGAGCUGAAGACGAGGCCGCUGGAGCUGUUUAUGUGCAGCGUGACGGAGAGACGAGGAUACGGUGAGGCUCUGCGCUGGCUCUCACACUACAUCAGUUACACAAACACUGCUGAAGCCUGAGCUAAAACAUCUGUUUUACUAAAUAUCCCCAUCUCAUGUUACUUUAUUAAAUUAGUUCUUAUAUUAACAAUUAUUUGUCAUUUAUGUCAAUACUUUGUGAUUUUCUUGAGAAUUUGUAAUUGAGUCAUCUCAGUAUGGAUAAACUAAAUACAUUAUUAUUAAACAAUUACAUUCUUCAACAGGCAGUGUGAAUUGGUCUUAAUGAAUUAAAUGACUCAUCGUUAA